GUGUGUAGGGUGAAGGCGGGAGAGCAUGGAAAAGUUUCCCGUGGCUACUUGCCUGACGAUUUUGCUCACGUUGUUGGUCUCCGGGCUGGGCCUGUUGCAGCGGAGCAGAAGUAAUGACCUGCCCGACGACUUUCUGUCGGGGUUUUUGCUGCGGCCGGCGGCGGUGCGGGAAGGGCAGGUUUAUAGGUUGGUGACCUACAUCUUUGUUUAUGAGGAUGUAAUCUCCUUGGUAUGCAGUGCUGUUAUCAUCUGGUACUUUGCUGGCAGCUUUGAGAAGAUGGUGGGGACUGUGAAGCACUCCUUCCUCACUCUGGCAUUUGCGGUUUCCUUAGCUCUACUCUACCUUGUACUCAGGACUAUGGCAUCCGGCAUGUUGAAGAUGACGGAUGCUGAAGGAUUCGUUCCUGUGGCUUUUGCCAUGCUGGCUGCAUCAAUUGCUCGUUCUCGAAUGAGGAGAACAGUGCUCUUUGGAGUGAACGUCCACAUGACACUUGUGCCCUGGUUGCUGCUUUGUGUGGCCUGGAUUUUCCCAAGUUCUUCUUUCCUAGCAAAUCUCUGUGGCCUCUUAAUUGGGAAUAUAUAUGGUCAUGGUUACUGCUUUGCUUUGGAUUUCUCUGAAUCAACAGCCUCUUGUUUAGAUCAGAAGUUCCCUUUCCGGCUGUUGAAAAGAAUUCCCGGGGUAAAAUAUAUUCCAGGAUCCCUGGCAGAAAGAAGCGCUUUCCAGAAUCGAAAGUUAAAUCCAGUGCCAGGUUCUUAUCCCACUCAGACUUAUCACAGCCCCCCUCCUCCGUUGCUUGCCAUGCACAUGCAGUAUCCUAACGCACAAAUUCCAGCACCCGGACUAUCAUCUUUUCAAAGUCCUGCACUGCCUCCUACUGCUGGCGCUAUGGGAGAAUUGUGUAUCCAGAACCAUUCCCACUCACCAGCAGGACUACCACCUGUUUCUCAUUUUGUUGGUGCUAAUUCAUGGAUGCCUGUGAAGACAGGUGACUUGGGUGCCCACCAAGCACCAGGGUUUCCGACUGUGGGAGCUGCCUCCAAAUCAGAAGACGUUUGUCAAAUUCAUGUAGGCUGAGUCUAGUAGGUAUCUGCAAAUAUUGGACUAUGCAACCGUAACAGUGGUUUCCCUGAGAAGGGAGUCUCUUCUAAGUGAUAAAAAAAUUGGAGAUCCUGAGAAGCUUGGAUCCAAUUGAAGAAAGGGACCAUUCUCUGUCUUGUGGCAACCUGGUGGGACCAAGUGACAACAAUCUCUCUGCUGCUUAAUGCUGAAACUUAAUUUGUGCAUUAACUUUGGGUGAUGACUAUGGCCUUCAUAGCUUCAAGUUGUAUCUCCUUUCUGCAUCUGACCAAUUUUAUAAUGAUGGAAAUUUUCCAUUGAUUGAUUGUUUGAGGCACUGGACAGUUUAGGGUUGGUUUUAUUGUGCUACUGAUAAAACUGUUGUUUCCUUAAUAUUUGGCUGGCAAGAAAGUUGUUUAGGAUAUUUUUUA